UCACAUCAGAUCCAAAACAAAAGCAAAGGCUCAAGCACUGUUAAGAAAGAAAACAAAGAAAAGAAAAAGAGUGAGAAACAAUGUCAGGGAUCAUUCACAAGAUAGAGGAGACCCUCCAUAUGGGAGGGCACAAGAAAGAGGAACACAAAGGUGAGAGCCAUGGAGAGUACAAAGGAGAACAUCAUGGUGAACACAAAGAAGAGAAACACGGGCAUGGUGGAGAGCACAAGGAAGGCUUUGUGGACAAGAUCAAGGACAAGAUACAUGGUGACGACCAUGACAAGAGUGAGAAGAAAGAUAAGAAGAAGAAGAAGGAUAAGAAGAAGCAUGAACAUGGUCAUGAGCAUGGCCAUGACAGUAGCAGCAGCAGUGACAGUGAUUAGAUCUUCUACUUCUCCUCUCAUACGCAGAUGCGUGGGCCAUAGUAGUAACGAGCAAGAAGGCAAAGUCUUUAAUUUUCCCUCUUGUGAUGUAUUAAUAAAAGUAAUGAUUAAUAGAGAAAUUAUGUGUGUUUCCGCUUUUUAUUUACUUGUUAAAUAAAAAUCUCACUGCUUCUGUUUGGCUUU